GGUUGGGUUAGGUAAUUUCUUAUACUUUUUGAAAACAUUAAAGUAGGUAGGCCUAUGGGCCUAGGGUGCUCUAUAAUUAAAGUGUAUCCGGUACGGAGAUGAUAAGUCACUGUGGUGAAAGUUUAAUACCAGCUAGGUUUUUGAUACUUCUGGCGCACAUGACUAUCUGCUUAGUUACACUGUCUUACAUGAAUGGAAAUAUUAAAACAUGUCUGCCAGAGGAGUAUGAGGAGAGUGAUUAUGACACCGAAUCAUUUCAUUUCCGUCUUGGACUUUAUUUGGGUCUCGGCCUCAUCGCAAUAGAGUUCCUCGGUUUUCUCAGCGGAACGUCCAUGUUUCUACCUUCAGUUGCAACACUGUCUGUUGGUUGCCACGCGAGUGCGUGCGUGCUCAUGUCACAAUCACUAUUGGACGACUGGAGUUGCCACUCGUACUGGUGGAUCUUCUUCUUCUGCUCUCUGAUACCGGGACUCGUAGAGUUGGCAGUGGCAGUCAAUAUGCAUUUGCUCAAGCCAACGUGACUAUGAGUACCUAUCUGAAAUAUCGGUUGAGUUUUGAUAUUUAAAGUAGGUUUAUACUGUUUAUUGUGAUUCAAACGAGUAGCACAAUAACUAUUGAACUUACAAGUGAAAAAAAACCCUCAUUAAGCCUGACUAAUUGAAACAGACCUAAUCUGGACACCUGAUUGACAGGAGCUUAUACAAAUGGUAUUCAGUUAAGUUAGGAAUGCACCAGUAGUUUAUUUGUGUAAAAUAUUGUUAAGUGUUAAGUAAUGCUCAAUUGUGUGCGUAAGUAAGGUAUGUGUUGCAUUCUUUUGCUAUAGUUACUGUCAGCCAAAAAUAUCUAACUAUACUUGUAAUACAAACAUUUUUUCAAUUUUGUACUUUUAAGUUCAGAAUAGACUAUUUAAACCUUUUUCCUGAAAAACUGUUUCAUGAUUUACAGUUAGUAUCAGAAUGUGCCUUUAUUCAUGUAUGUGA